AUGGCGAACCCCCAUCCCAUCAAGGUCCUCUACCCAGAGGAGCCCUUCCACGCCAAGAAUGCCCUCAAGUCCGGCGUCAACGGUGCCGCCGUCGGCGGUGCUGCCGGCCUGCUCGCGUCCGCCGUCCAGAACUCGCUCGCCAAGACCAACGUCGGAGCUUGGGGCGUCUUCUCGCGCUCCGGCGCCACCAUCGCCACCAUGACUGCGGUCCCCGCAAUCUACAGCUUCGCCAAGGACGCCUCGGCCAACCUCAGAGAGAAGGACGACUCGCUCAACACGACGAUUGGAGCAUUCCUGGGUGGUGCCAUGCUAGGCCUGAGAUCGGGUCGCAUGCCCCAGAUCCUCGGCUUCGGAGCGGGUAUCUCCAUCGUCAUGACGGCGUUCGAUUUCACCGGCGGACACCUCGUUGGCAAGAAGACACAGUCGGAAUUCGUGGACGAGUACGAGCGCAAGGAGUACCUCAGAAAGAACCGCAGGCGGCCGAUGAUGGAGACGGUGGCAGAGAUCGGCGAGGGCAGAGGAAUCGAGCCCCCCGGCUACCAGGAGCGGAGAAGAGAGAGGCUACAGGAGAAGUACGGUGUCGAGAUCAACCCCGUCCGCGCCACUGUCGACUAG